AUACAGACAAAAGAAACAAGUGCGGUGCUGUGUUUUUACAUGUCAUUAUCGUUACAUUUCGAUUCAGAAACAAAUAAAAAUUGAAAGAAUCGACCGGCACCUUCGUUGUAAAGCUUCUCUAGUCAAUUUCCAGUCAAAUUAAUUCAGUGGAACAGUUAAAAUGCACAUCAGGUUAUUUUUGUGGAUAUUUUCGAUAAUUUCAACGACAUUCGCUCACGAAGACGAUGUUCACACGAUAAAGUAUAACGCGGACAACUUUUCCGAGGAAGUAGGGAAAAAACAUCAUUUUAUAAUGUUCUACGCCCCUUGGUGUGGUCACUGCCAGAGACUGGCCCCGACAUGGGAGCAACUAGCCGAAAUGCUAAACGAAGAAGACAGUGACAUAAAAAUAGCCAAAGUCGAUUGCACCGCUGAGAGCAAGGUCUGCUCCGAUCAAGACGUUACUGGCUAUCCCACGCUCAAGUUCUUCAAAGUGGGCGAUAACGAAGGGGUUAAGUUCAGGGGCACAAGGGACUUGCCGUCUCUUACGACUUUCAUCAACGAGCAGUUGCGUGAGGGCGAUGAAGAGAUUAACGAAGUUAACAUUCCUCAACCGGUGAGUGGUCUUAUUGAGCUUACCGAAGACAACUUUGACAAACACACAGAGACGGGGAAGCACUUUAUAAAGUUUUACGCUCCUUGGUGCGGACACUGUCAGAAACUGGCCCCUACUUGGGAACAACUGGCCAAGACUUUGGAGUUUGAGACGGACGUCAGCAUCGGUAAGCUGGAUUGCACCCAGUUUAGAUCCAUUUGCAACAGUUUUGAGGUUAAGGGCUACCCGACACUGUUAUGGAUCGAAAACGGUAAAAAGGUGGACAAAUACCAGGGGGACAGAAGCCACGACGACCUCAAACAGUACGUCAACAAGAUGCUGGGUUCGAACAAGGAGAGCCAAGAGGAGGGCGAUCGCGGCACCGAAACGUCCGGCCCCGUGGGUGAACUGACGGGCGACAAUUUCAAAGAGGGCAUUCAGGGUGGGUUGACCUUCGUCAAGUUCUACGCCCCGUGGUGUGGGCACUGCAAACGUCUCUCUCCGACUUGGGACAGUCUGCGUGAGAAGUUUUCGACCAAGGCGGGGGUCGAUAUAGUAAAAGUCGACUGUACGCUGGACGUCAACAAACAGCUGUGCAACGACGAGGAGGUGGAGGGUUUCCCGUCCAUAUUCCUGUAUAAGAGCGGAGAGAAGAUCUCUGAGUAUAGCGGUAGUAGGUCCUUGGACGACCUGUACGAUUUUGUCGUCAAGCAUUUGGGCCAUGAUGAGUUGUAACUGUUUAGUUUGUAAUUGUGUUUUCCGGAGUUUUUUUUGCGUUUUUCCAAGGCUGUUGGUUUUUUGGUCGUUUUUUUGUUUUUGGGUUUUGUACGAGAUUUGUUCGAAGUGUUACAUUUUUUUUGGAAAGUUAUGGCCUUAAAGUUUGAUUUGAUAAUCUUCCCCUUUAUUUUAAUGACAUACUUAGGUGAAUUUUGUAUUGAUUUUUGAAGAUUUUUAAAUAAAUAUUGCUCAACCAAA